UGAAGCAGGCGGCCAUCACGCUGGUGUCGCUAUUUUCAACUGCCUCACCAGCUAAAGACUCACUCAUCACGUCUAUAAUCGCAACACAAGAUUGUUGUCUUGGUUUCCCAGCCUCGAUUCCUUACUGAUGAGGGACUUUCGGCCCGACUGACGCAGGGAGAUGGGGGUACACAAUAUUUCAGACCAGCCGCCUCUGGUCCAGGCCAUAUUUAACCGAAAUGUGGAUGAAGUGAAGUUAUUUUUGCACAAGAAAGAUGAAGUCAAUGCACUGGACCAAGAGCGCCGUACACCUCUUCAUGCUGCUGCCUGGCUCGGGGACGUUCAUAUAAUGGAGCUUGUCAUCAACGCUGGUGCGAAUGUCAAUGCAAAGGACCAUGUGUGGCUAACACCAUUGCACAGAGCAGCAGCUUCCAGAAACGAGAGGGCUGUGGGGUUGCUGCUAAGGAAGGGAGCUGAUGUUACCGCGCGGGAUAAGUUCUGGCAGACACCACUGCACAUUGCAGCGGCAAACCGAGCCACUCGUUGCGUGGAGGCCCUGCUGCCCCAUGUGAGCAGCCUGAAUAUGGCUGACCGCACGGGCAGAGCGCCCCUGCAUCAUGCUGCUCAGAGUGGAUUCCAGGAGAUGGUUAAAUUGCUGCUGAACAGGGGAGCCAAUCUGAGUGCCAGUGACAAGAAGGACAGGCAGCCCAUUCAUUGGGCUGCUUACCUUGGACAUCUGGAGGUGGUUAAGCUGCUGGUGUCUCAGGGCUCAGAUAAGAGCUGUAAGGAUAAGCGAGGAUACACCCCUCUCCACGCUGCUGCUGCCAGUGGCCACGUCGAUGUGGUCAAGUACCUGUUACGCAAUGGAGCCGAGAUUGAUGAGCCUAAUGCCUUUGGAAACACUGCUCUCCAUGUGGCCUGCUACACGGGACAGGAGGCCGUAGCCAAUGAGCUGGUCAACCGUGGGGCCAACGUCAACCAGCCCAACCACCGCGGCUACACACCCCUGCACCUGGCUGCCGUGUCCACUAACGGGGCUCUCUGCCUGGAGCUGCUGGUCAACAACGGUGCUGAUGUCAAUAUGCAGAGUAAAGAAGGGAAAAGCCCUUUGCACAUGGCAGCCAUUCAUGGACGUUUCACUCGCUCUCAGAUCCUCAUUCAAAAUGGUGGGGAGAUAGAUUGUGUGGACAGAUAUGGCAAUACUCCUCUUCAUGUUGCUGCUAAGUACGGCCACGAGCUGCUUAUCAGCACCUUAAUGACAAACGGUGCUGACACAGCCAGACAAGGGAUUCAUGGGAUGUUUCCUCUACACUUAGCUGUGCUCUACGGGUCCUCUGACUGUUGUCGUAAGCUACUUUCCUCAGGUCAGCUCUACAGCAUUGUGUUAUCAAUGAGUAAAGAACACGUGCUCUCGGCCGGAUUUGACAUCAACACCCCAGACAACUUUGGGAGGACCUGUCUGCACGCUGCUGCCUCUGGAGGGAAUGUUGAAUGUCUCAACCUGCUCUUAAGCAGUGGAGCUGACAUGAAUAAGAAGGACAAGUUUGGAAGGACUCCUUUGCACUAUGCGGCUGCAAACGGGAGGUAUCAGUGUGUGGUGGUUCUGGUAGGAGCGGGGGCAGAGGUCAACGAGCGUGACCGCUCUGGCUGUACUCCUCUACACUAUUCAGCUGCAUCAACUGCGUUCUGCAGAACGGACCGACCCCAUGCCAGCACCCAUCAGAACCAAGAGGAUGGGGAGAAGGAAUCCUUCCUGUGUGUGGAGCAUUUGUUGGAUAAUGGCGCUGAUCCGUCUCUGUGCAACACUAAAGGAUACAGUGCUGUGCAUUAUGCUGCGGCCCAUGGCAACAAACAAAACCUGGAGCUGCUUUUGGAGAUGUGCUUCAACACGCUAGUAGACAAGGAGAGCAACGGGUCUGUCAGCCCACUACACUUGGCGGUGGAGUCGGGUCACUGGGAAUGUGUGACCGUGUUAAUUGAGUCUGGAGCGUUUGUGGAUGCCUGUGACCCGGUGGGGCGCUCUGUGCUGUAUGUGGCCUCUCAAAGAGGACAUGCACGCUGUGUAGAGCUGCUGCUCUGCCAAUCAGCAUCUUGCCUGCUCGCAGAGCAGCGCAGCAAAUGGGGCCCUCUUCAUGUUGCAGCUGCCAACGGCCACUCCGAAUGUCUGCGGAUGCUGCUCUGUAGCGAGAGGGGAUCCGAUCUGGUUAAUGUUACAGAUGCAGAGGGACAGACUCCACUAAUGCUGGCAGUGCUGGGGGGACACACUGACUGUGUGCAUCUUCUGCUGGAGAGAGGAGCUUGCCCUGAUAUGAGAGACAGGAGAGGAAGAACAGCCUUACACAGAGGGGCGGUGAUGGGUCGGGAGGACUGUAUAACCGCUCUGCUGUCUCACAGUGUCUCAGUCCUCAGCAGAGAUUGUCAGGGGCGAACCGCGGUCCAUCUGGCUGCCUCUUGUGGCCAUGCUGACAUUCUCUCCAAUCUUCUUUCUGCUGCUGACCACUCCCAUCCCCACGACCCAAUCACAGACCGCCACGGCUACACACCCGCUCACUGGGCAGCCUAUCACGGUCAUGAAGACUGUUUGGAUGUUUUACUUGAACUUAAACCAUGUAGUAUCCAGGAGGGAAACCCCUUCACCCCACUGCACUGUGCUCUCAUUAAUGGCCAUAGUGGUUCUGCAGAGCUGCUGUUGGAAUCCAGUGUUUGUAAUUCGCUGGUAAACAUCAGGGAUGCCAAAGGAAGGACCCCGCUUCACGCGGCCGCAGUUGCCGAGGACGUGGCUGGGCUGCAGCUGGUUCUGCGGCACGGAGCUGACAUCAACGCCGUAGACCACUCAGGGCGUUCUGCACUGAUGGUGGCUGCAGACAAUGGCCAAAGCGGUGCUGUGGCCCUGCUGCUGCACAGAGCCAAAGCAGACCUGUCCCUCCUGGAUGUGAACAAGAACACUGCCCUGCACCUGGCCUGCAGCAAGGCUCAUGAAAUGUGUGCCAUGCUGAUCUUGAAGGAGAUCCACAACCCUAUCCUCAUAAAUGCAACCAACAGUAUGCUUCAGAUGCCCCUCCACAUUGCCGCCAGGAAUGGUUUGGCCACCGUGGUUCAGGCCUUGCUGAACCGUGGAGCCACAGUGCUGGCAGUGGAUGAGGAAGGUCACACGCCAGCCCUGGCUUGUGCAUCCAAUAAAGCUGUUGCCGACUGCCUAGCUCUCAUUCUGUCAACCAUGAAGCCUUCCUCCUCCACACCCUCCUCGUCCUCACCAUCGUCUCCCAGCCUCAACCUGCUCAAGCACUGUGGCAUCACCGCCGCCUGUCCCCCUCUGCCCAAUGGAGGCCUUCGCCAUGGUUACGGCAAAGAUCACCAUGGUGCUACUAUUGGCUUAGAUGGCUGCUUGACCGAGUAAGGCGUCCUUACUCGCUAAAAGAAAAAAAAAGAAUGCGUGGUCACAUGGUUUGGUCCUCUCUACACACCUAGAUAAACCUAUAUGCAAUUACAGGCUCACAUCCCUCCUGUGCCAGUAUCAAAGCUUUUCUUCACAUGUCAGUAGAGAGCGAACACGAGAGGACGAAUUUAGCUAUUUAUUUUCUAUUUAUUUUCCCCUGCUUUCAUUUUCCGCCCACCCCCUGACUCCCAUUUUAGAUGCUGUCCAUUCAGUACAAGUCUCAAAUUUGAACCUAAGCCAUCUUAUUCGAACCAGUAUCCAUCACUGGCGAGUCAGUCCUUUAUUUCUUCUCCAUUUGCAAUCGAUUCGACUUGGUUCGCGUUAGAAUUAUGCAGCUGUGUGUCUCCAUGCUUACAGUGAUAGUGGAUGGGUUUCCAUAUCAUGCCUCCUAUUUGCGUGAUGCUGUGGCCUUGCAUAGGAAUUUACAGCCUGCCCUGAGGAACAAUUUAAACGGGUUACACUAGGUUUGCAUGAAUUUGCGGGACCAUGUAUUUGAUAGUGGUCUUGUGUGUGUGUGUGUGUGUGUGUGUGUGUGCGUGCACGUGUAUGUGUGACAUCCACUUUUGCGCAACAGUCCAAGUUUUUCAUCCCAUACUUGAUUAUUACGUUUCAAGGUUUUUAUGUGAGGUGCAAUCUGAUUUAGCACAGAUCAGGAAAAACAAACAACAACAGAAUCAUAUUGACAGAAGGGAAACCAUACUACCUUAAGCCAAAAGACCAAUGACCCCCUGAGAGAGAGGGCUCUGAUAUAUAAUGCGUGUUUACUUGUUAGAGAGAAAAGGGAUAGUGUUUGGAUGGUUUUUGAGGUUGAAAAUUAAUAUUAGGAUGAUUACAAUGAAGGUAUUAGGUAGUCCAGAUCACUGUUUAUAGGUGGGCAAAAGAAAGAGGAUUUAAAAGUGUCAUGAUUUUGGCCGUUUAAACAACAUUUUAGAAAGUAUAGAAAGCACAAACAUCAUUACAGAUGCAAACGUCCUACACAGUACUUGCUCCUUGGGACCUUUGGUUUUAUUUUAUUUGCAUUUUGGGCCUCAUCAAAUUUCUUCAAUUAAAUCUACUGCUUAGUGUGGAGUUGCUUUAACAGUGCCUACUGAAUUUAGUUUUGUCUACCUAGGGUCCAGUUAAACACACCAUAUGCGCUCCCUUAAAGUCGUCGAAAUGGUGCUUCGACCAGUGAAACGAGUGUUUCACUAAAAAUCCGUUAUGAAUUGAUCACCCGAAUAGAUGAACGUGUGAUUCAUAUAUCAGAACCCACUUGGGUUGUUAUAGACUUUGGGGAGUGUAUACGCUGACUGGACCUUUUUUACAUUUGUUUAUGGUGUUGAGGAGCAGUCGUGGGUAUGACCAAAGUCGAGCAAUUUCUAAUUACUAUUUUAAUAGAAACCAAUAGAUAUCCAAAACGGCAUUAUCUUUUCAAUUGAAGUACUUAGCAUUCACCCCUGCUCUUUUUAAAAUGCUUCCUUAUUGCCAAAGGUAGAUUAAUUAACAAAGUUAAGAUUGUGCUUCCAUUAGGUUUUUUGCACCUAAACACACAAAAUAAGAACAUUGUGAAUGAGUGUUUAAAACAUAUUUUUUGUUUGUUUUUUUCACCACAAACAGGCAAUAUAUGCUCAGUCAGUAAUGAGACAAUCAGUUGAAAGGGCUUUUAAUUUUGCCAUAGAUUUCAUUUUUCAUAAACACCCAAAAGCAUACAUUUUUUUUUUUUUUUCAAUUAGGAAGAGCUAUACAAAUCUAUAUCUCUUAAUUCAAGAAUUCAUGCAGGCUUUCAGGUGUGAAAUGUGGACUUGUUCUCAAUUAUACCAAUACUAUUGCUUUCAUUACAGUAUAUCAGGAUUUUAGUGAUUUAGAGUAGCUUUGAAGUAUUGUAACAUUAACUGAUAUUUUAUGGGUGAAUGAAAGUGUGUAGACAAAGGAAACUUAUGUUAGAUGUUUAAAGGCUGUGUGGAGAGCAUAUUUAUACUGAUUCACGAAAUGACCUCUUCGUCUUUGUAAUGACAGAUUUUGGCUGCUUUAACCAGUUUCUCCACUCCACGCAGACCUGAUAGAAAGCACUUGCUUAUUCAGUAACAAAGGAUGAUAAAAUACACUUUUGCCUCUGUCACAAGCUGUAAAUGGGCAAAUAUCUGACCUCUACUUGCAAGAGUACAAAUUUGCAUGUGUGCAAAUCGGAUUCGUCAAGUUAUAUCACAACGUUUUGCCUGGGAAAUUGUUUUGAGUGUGUUACAUGACUUAGAGGAAGUCCCUCUUGGGAGCUUAUUUACCUGUAAUUGAGCUUGACUUUAUCAUGUAAUAACUUUUUGCUGCAGUUUGGUGGAGGGAAUCAGUGCGUGUGUAGACAGCACAAGGUACGAUAAUGAAGUGCAAGUUGAUGAGCUUGAAGUAAUUUGCACUGCCAUUUGUUUCAAAUCUUUAGCUGUACAAUUUAUUUGGAACAGCUAAUGUUUGACCAACUUUACUCACUGCUUGUAGUUGUACAAAAGAAAAAAAUGUAAAAAAAAUAUUUAAAAAUUUAGUCUAGCUAAUCGUACCACAUGUAGUUGAGUUUGAAGAACAAGUGCCCGUGGAGCCUGUGAUUAAUUAAACAUUUCAUUUUGGUGCAAGAAAAAGUGCUGCUUUCGAUUGUAUCUUGGAGCUUAUUUUUUUUUGUGAGGGGAUCCUUUUAAAUUUAUUAAUGAAAAUAAUUCUUAUCCAGCCAAAACAAACUAAGCCGUACUUGUUUUAAUUUCCUCCAAUUUCUAAUUGUCUUAUUGGCAUUGCACUUAAUUCUUUUAAUUGUUUUGUCAAAUGUAUGCCAUGAUGGUAGCAGCUUGCUUCGAUGUUGGUGAAAAACUUGUAUGCAGUAGUUAGCGAUUAAACAAUUAGCUUGACAACAGGAACUUUGGAACUGAACCCUUUCAGAACUUUUAAUAGGCUGAGUUGGUGCAUUAGGUGUCCUUUGUAUGAACAAUAAGGGAACCGGUCACAAAGUGGCAAGACUUUUUUUUUGUAGGGUAGAGUACUGAUAAGGGGAGGUUUCCUCCCUAAAUCAUUUAGUGCCAUAACUUUUAUAUUUCCUUUCUCAUUUUGAGACGUUUGUAAAAAUUUGAAUGAAUGGUUCUUUGGGUUCAGUUUUUGAGUGUGCGUCAAGACCAUUACCAAAAAAAAAACCCAACAAAGUCCAAGCUAACAUAAGCUACUGUGCCCAUUAUAUAUUUUUUGAAGAUCCACUUAGUGCGUUAUUUAUUAAAAAUGCCAGUACGUUCACAUACAGACGGUCUAAAAAUGCCAGUAUAUUGGUAACUGAGCUAUACUUUGGUGGAGAUCACCUCCAUCUGAAAGAUUUCAUGGCUAAGCUAUAACUUAGCAUUUGCCCAGAUAAAUUGAGUAGCCGGAUUUGAGUCAUUCAGUCAAUGGCUCCUUCAGAAAUUAUAUUUUAUAAAUGUUCCAUAAAAAUCGAUCGCUCCCACCUACCAUUGAUAAUUUGAGGUUUAUUUUUAAGCAAUGGAAUUAUGAAAUGCCUUAAUUUCAUUAUAAACCGAAGGGCAAAUUUGACAUUUCCAUAGCUUUUCAUGUUUUAUUCUUGAUCAGAAAUUGUGAGCUUGUUUUUUUUUUACAUAACUUUGCUAUGAAGGGCCAGCUUUCAUUUCCUGUUGAUUAAUUUAUAAUGGUUGCAAUUACAUGCAGGCAGCUGGAGACUAGAGUAGUCUAAUAAUUGUAACCAUACUGUUGAAAAGCAAAUUUAUUGUAGCUAACUCAGUGUCCUUAUUGUAUGUCCAUCCUCGCAUUUUUGUAUCAGUAUCUUUUUUUUUCUUGCAAAGGUAUUAAUGGCUGAUAGAAUGUCUGUUUUACCUCAGUGGACCUCAACGUCCCUACUACUUGAAGACACAUCCAUUUAAGGCAAUACUCAAAACACCUGUUUCAUUUAACCUACGUCUAUCUCCCAACUUUUUGCCUUAAGAGGAAACGUUAUAGUUCAGCAGUCGCAGGACUUGAGAGAUUUUGUCGUUAACCUGGGAUCUCGUUUCGAUGAGAUUCAUAAGAAGCACACUGUUCUAUAGGUUGUUUUGCUGAAAGAUGUACCAUAAUGGCUUCUGGCCUAAAAAUAAUAAUUUUCAUGGAAUUUAUUAGAAGUUUUUGCACUAGAACAGAGGGAUUUUUUUUUUUUUAUACAUGUUUCAAAUCUUUAGCUGUAAAAUUUAUCUGGAACAGAUAAUGUUUGACCAACUUUACUCAUUAAGCAAAAAUCUGCUAAUGUUGGGUUUAGGUUCUCCUAGAUGAAGCAUUUAAAGUACUGAUUUAUAAAAACACCAAUUUGCAGAAAAAAAUCAGUAUGGGAACACGGGUAUUGAAUGGUAAACGAUCUGGGAAUACAUCUUAGAAUGUAUUAUCCAAUGCUAAAUUAGUUUAUACAAGAACGAGUAGAUACAUUUUCUCCCCAUUUUUCUGUCUUAGUUGAAACAUUUAGGUAGUGAAUACUUGUGUGCUGUUAUAAAUGCAAAUAUUUCUAACAAGGUAAAUAACAAGAGCACAAGAAGAUGUGCUGUACAUAAUUCCUCAAGAAGUGUGGUCAGAAUUGCCUUGACGUGGCAAUCUUACCUCAUAAACUAGCUGUCCUAAAAAUCUAUCAUGCUAUAAAUAUAUACUGGUACAUGAAAUUUGGGUGGGCUUUUAGCUACGCAUUUUACGUACAUCAUACGUUUUUAGCUACGUUCAACUGGAAUCCUAAGGUUCACGUUCCGAGGCCUUGAAUUGGAAAACAUUGGCGUUCUCAAGGGGUGCUCUUGAACUUGAUGAUGUCCUUCACCCUGGCUUAGUGUUACUUCAUGUUUCUACUCCGUAAGCGCUAAUAGUUCAAAUUGUAAAACUGCAAGCGAAUGAUCUAAUCUCGAAUAGCUGCUUUUUGUUGUUCUCGCCAGCAGCAAGUUUUCAUAAGGCUAGUUAGAAGACCAGCGGAGCCUGACUGAAUGGCUGAUCUGACAGGGCACGUAGGGAUCCCUUUAAAAAACAUUUUCAUAUUUAAAAAAAAGCUAUGCAGGAAUACUUCCUUUUAUCUCGCAGAGUUGCAUAGUUCAUUGACCAAUCACAGAUCUUCAGACGUUCAUCUGUAAAUCUAACACUGAGCUUAAAUGCUUGUUGGCUUCAGUUGAGAAAAUGACUGCUUUGCGUGGCAUGCUGCUAUUUCUUUGGAGUCUGUAAGCAUCAUCAUCUCUUUAAAGUACUACACUUUGUGACGAGUAUGUGGGAUUGUGCCUUUUGUUAUCAAGUACAUGCCACAGGGUAUGGUCUUCCAUUAACACCUUUAGUGAGCCUUAUGAAUGAACAACAAUGAAAAAAAAAAAUAGCCACCAUCCAUGUGGUUGCGUUUUGAGCCAUCAAUACUCGCGAUAAAAUUUGUCACGACACCGCAGAUGAAUAAUUAACUUUUGUAAACUGAAUGAAACCAUAACGGCAAAACAUUUGAUCGGUUCUAGCUAGUGACCUGUUCAAACUCUGUAUGGAAAAAUCGUGUUUAGUUUAACAAUGUGUGAACUCUAGUGAAGUAGAUGUGCUGUGUCGUUUUGUGUGGUAAUGCAUUGGAGAUUUAUUGUAACCCAGUGUAUUGUAGAAUGUUGGCAUGACUCCUUUUCUCUAUGUUGUAUCGACGUCAAAGUAUCCACCUGAAAUGGACUGAAGUGCAAUAACUUUUUUUGUGCGCCAUAGUAUCCUUAAUGGAGGAAAAUGCCCUCUUACAUCAAUUUUAUUUUUAUUUUUUUAAGCAGGGUAUUUUAUUUCACUUAUUUAUUUUUUUGGAAUGUACAAAUUUGAACUCCUUCCUGCUUUGCCUCCAUAAGUGGCACUUUCUUGUGGAAUGUACAAUGGACUUGGUGGAAACUGUGAUGGGUGUCAAAGCCUUAUCAAUACUUCUUGCUUACUGGAAAGAUGGCAUUUCUGUUUGCUCAUCGGUUGAUAGGUCAAAGAGUGCAGUUUUCCAUGUACCUUCUCCAGUGCCACUUAAAGUCAGUGUCUGCUUUCGUGGCAUGUUAAGCAUUUGUGUGUGUGUGUUGGUGGGUGUUUAGACUUGUUCAUUUACCACUAAUGAAUUGAUUUGAUACCAAAAUCAAAGCGCAUUGCCUAGAAUUACAGUUCUUUUUUUGGAUUAGAGAUUUGAAGGUUCUAUUUGGAAAUGGUACCUUGAAUGUCGUUGUUGUCAGCAGGGAAGUAUGCAGGGUUUUAUUUCUCCCCACACAACAUUUGAACUUUGGGCCAUAUGUUUUGCGGUACCAAAGAACGUUUCGUUGCUUAUCUUCGGAUCUUUUUUUUUUUUUUUUUUGUCUGACAUCAAGAUCCCAAUAUUUGUCAUUAAAUGUCUUUGGAAGUUUUAAAAAAAUAAUCCUGUGUCAUAAAAAAAAAACAUUCCUUUUUGAAUUUCAUUGUAUAAAACAGAAGUACUGUUGACAACCAAUACCAGAAGUCAAAUAAUUAUCUUCAGAAAACCCGAAUGACCAACAAGGUCCUUCAUUUUGGCUUCAAACAAUCAAUGCUUUCGUAUUUCAUAUCACAGGGAGCACACUGAAUAAAGUAAUCUAGUAUUUCACACAACAUAGGACCAAUGUAUGUCUCUGUAGAGAUGGCCACUUGAUUUCAUUCAAGAACAAGCAAUACAAGUAUCAAGAGACAAUUGUAUAUUUCUAAAGAUUUGUUGGCUCUGGCUGCUUUUGGCCUGGCCAUGUAAUCUGUGGCACCUUAGGUUAACACCCUCUUCUUGUAACUGAAUCCAACAUAAGAGAUUUCAGUGCUGAGAGAGCCUUAUUUCACUCAAACUGAAUGUGAAUUGGAUGCUUGCAGGAUUUGGCCAUUUUGAAGCGACUGGCUUUAAUCGAGCGGAUCUCCUGCAUCCCGUGUUUGAAUCCAGUUUCACUAGGACCCGCCGUCUUUAAGACUUUCCAAAAGAUUGCUGUUAUGAAAAAAAAAAAAAAUCUAAAGUACUACACUGUGGCUGUGUUUCCAUUGCCGAAAUGCAGAAUCAAUCUGUCGAGAUGGAUUCCUGCUAAAAAAGGGUUACUGUCACUGCUUCCAAGCACUGCUUGAACAUGCCAAGUUUUUGAAAAGCAUUACGACAUGAAGAAAAUCUGACCCUGACUUAAAAAAAAAAAUCAAAACACAAAACUGCACUAUAUACUUGAGUAUUGAAAUCCAAGCCGUUCUCCGCUAACUGUUUCGACAAUGGAAACAUAGCAGGCAAUCGUGUAGGGCAGCACCCAGUGUGUAUGUGUUGUGUGUGUGUGUGUGUGUGAGUGCGACAAACAGGGGUCAUAUCAACCCUGUAUACCUCAUCGACAUAUCUGCAAAUAUUCUUAUCCUGUCUUUAAGUUGAACGUGUAGGAGAUACCAUCACCAGCAGAAGCCUGGGACCAUUGCAGGGUCUAUGACAUCACACUGAUUCCGUAUCAACCAAUAAGAUCACCACUUGCUUGCGUAAAACACCUGCCGCUCUGCUUCAAGCCUGACCCAUCGCCGAUACAAUGGUUUAGAAUUAGCGAAACGUGAGGCAUUUUUAAGUAGCAUUAUCCUACCUCUGUGUUACAGCUUGAUGCAUUGAAAACUCCACCAAUUGUUGAUGACAAAUGGAAAUCUAUAUGUAUAUGAACAGAUAUAUAACUUAUAACCAACAAUAGGUGAUAUAAGAUGACAGUUAGCGUACUUGACUGUGUGUCUGUCUAUGUGUAACAUGAUAUUUGUGUGAUACACAUAAGUGUAUACACAACAGAGUACCACUGGAAUGUGAAGCCAGACUGUAUUAUGAUUUUUUUUCUUUGAAUCCAGCUUUUUCCCGAUUAUAUUUCAAAUGAUGUCAUAUGUGUCUUGCCUCUGCCGCUCCUUCUUUGCUUUAUUUUGACAAAACAGGGAAAAAUAUCAGCCUAUACUAGCUGGCAUUUACAUUAGUGCUCAUUUUUCCUUCCGUUUUUUUGUCUCUUUAACUUUCUCUCACUUCUAAAUGUUCACUGUGAGCGCUCUGAACUCAAGUUUACAGCUCUUCAUGGUAUGUACGUGUAUAUGGUCGAGUUCAGUAGAAUGCGUGGAUGGUUGUAUGACUUUGGUACUGAAGCAACAACUCAAUUUUCUACUGGUGUUGGGGGUUUGAAAGGGGGUUGGUUGGUUUGAGUUAUGCACAUUCAUUCUGUACUAAAAUAUGGGGUAUGUAGAGUUCCCUAGCCUUACGCCCUUCCAAAAACACUACUCCGGUCACUGACUAAUCCGCAUUAGCUAUAUGCCACCCUGCCAACUUUGUACCUCUGUACAUAUCCAUUUUGGACCUGGGGGAGCGGGGCGAAUUCGGUGGAUUCUGCCUGAAUCUGUCAGGACGGUCACGUGACCCCCUCCUUGACCUGAGGAAGGCGAACCCUCACCCUUUCAACCCCAUAAAAAGACCUCAAGCCAUUCAUUUCCUUAUGUGACAAUGCAAUCCUGAAAGCACUUUGCCUUGUUAAUUCAUACUAUGAGCUUGUGAAUGGUGACUUGUUACUAACAGAUGUUAAACUCUGUACAUGUAUUUAAGUAAGAAAGAACAUAAUCAUUUUUAAUUUAAGCUUAUUAAAAAUGAAUUGGUCUCUGACUUUAAAGACAAAAAAAAAUCCCAUAUGUUUUUGUUAGUCAGGUUCAUGAACUGCUGCAGCCAGUAGAUCUUGUCAUUCAGUAUCGUGGCUUAGAAUUGGUAAUGUUGAAAUAAAAUGCUAUUGCUAC